ACUAAGUAUGUCCCGUGAGUGUACUGUUCAACUAUAGUCUGUAUCUGGGAUGCCUGUUUGUCUAUACUAAGAACGGUAACAGUAAACCGAGACUGUUACCUUUUCACAAUGACCAUCGAUUCGUGAAGAUUUUGGCGCUGCAUUGGAUGAGCUUGACCACCAAGCUGUCUCUGGUUGCUCGUAGGGUACUGAAAGCAAGAAUUGGCGAUUUUCUUUGAUAUCGCCCUGCGCAUGUUCGGCUCUUAGGUCAGAACUCCUCGAGGCACCCAACACGCAUAAAGUGAAAUUGCGCAUUCGAAAGAGUCAUAAGCCUCAGGAAACACGUUUGUGGGGAAACAAGCAACACAUGCAGUUCUCGCUUUCACUUUAAACUGACGUCUUGGCUACAACUGGCUGUACGCGACGUUUGUUUUACAACCCCGAACACCACAACAUAUACGAGCAUCGUUGACCGGUCAUGGGAGGUCUAGCUUUCGCGAACUUCACAUCCGGCUCUGGAAAGCCAGUCCAGGUACCGCGCAUAUCUCCAGGUCUCUACAACGAGAUCGCGGUAGAAUGCCAGUCAAGGCUGGAGGCCCUUUUCCACCGGGUUCUCAUUCCACGCGAAGCACCUGGAAAGGUUGACCAUGGGGACAUCGACAUACUUGUGGAAGGCAUACGUCCCACAGCAACGUCAGACUGCGAGAUAUCGGUAGCCAUCAAAGAUGCUCUUGGAGCUGAACUUCAUCUUCCACGAGGUGACUCUCACUCCUACGCCAUUCCACAUCCAGACUUGCCAGACGCGUACGUGCAGGUCGAUGUCGAACUUUCUCCCGGCAACGACACGCCAGAGGCCGCCGGGCUCUUUGAAUGGAUAAAGUUCAUGAAAGGCGAUUCAGAUCUCUUACAGAUCAUUGGAGUCACUCAUCGCCCUCUGGGACUCGUUUGCAAUGACAAAGGCCUGCACGUUCGAGUCGAGGAGAUCGAACCGUACCACAAAAAGAAAGCUCUCGUGUUUCUCACCCGCGAUCCAAAUCAAGCGAUGGACUUCUAUGGCUUAGACAAGGCCAAAUACUGGGCUGGCUUCGAGAACGAAGCAGACUUGUUCAAUUGGGUGUCAAAGGGGAGGCUGUUUUCGUGGGAAGUGUUCGACAGCCGCACUGAGAAAGCGAAUGACCGUUCUCGACAGAAUAAGAGGCCCAUGUACCGUCGCUUUGUCGAAGAAUACAUGCCAGCGCAUCCAGACAAAGGCGUGGGCAAGUCAUGGACCCGACAGCAAGUCCUCCAAGAAGCUCUGACUACCUUCGACAAGCGUGACGAGUACGACGCUAUGAUGGAAGAACACUUUCUGAAGGAAGCCGACGAGGGUCUAUGGAAAGAUAUUCGGGCAAUCUUGCCGAUACAAGGCAACACUUCCACGCGUCUUACGCUACAGGGUUUGAGGCGCUGGGUUAUCUUCGAGGAUGGAGAGCCGCGUAUCAGUUCUAAGCCUAUACUUGAGGAUAAUACUAUGUGGGCCAAGGUUGUCACGCCAGAGAGCAAGGACGACGUUCUGAACUGGGUGAAGCAGCAUUGGGUAGAGGUGAAGGCUCUGGAAAAGGCGCGCUCGAACGCAGCGAAAGAAGCCGCAAAGACGGGCUGAACAGCCGCAACGUUCAUGAACUUGAUAGUAGACGUAGUCGACCGCUCAAAACAUAC